CGCCAACAACAUGCCUCUGGCGAAAGAUUUGCUGCAUCCGACCGCAGAGGAGGAGAGGAGGCGGCACAAGAAGAAGCGGCUCGUCCAGAGCCCAAACUCUUACUUCAUGGAUGUCAAAUGUCCAGGUUGCUAUAAGAUCACCACAGUGUUCAGUCAUGCUCAGACAGUGGUGUUGUGCGUAGGAUGCUCCACAGUGCUGUGUCAACCUACCGGAGGAAAAGCACGCCUCACAGAAGGAUGCUCUUUCAGGAGAAAGCAGCAUUAGUCUCUCAAGGACCUGCUUGCAAAGGAUAUGGGAGACCAAAGAAGAGAAAUGGGAUUGGCCAAAGGCUUUACAGUACCCAGGAUGAACCCACACCUGAAGUCAAGUUAAAGGUUGUGUAGAUGGGGGUAAAGGGCCUCGGCAUGGAGCUAAAAUCUGAUUUGUACUCUGUUGGAUUAAGGCCUCAUUGUAACUCAUGACUGCCAAACCUGUUUCUCACUUUAAAUCCCAAAUAAAGGUUUUUUCAUUA